GAAAUUACUAUAGUGUUGUUGAAGCCAUGUGCGGUGUGAAGCUCAGACUAAAACAGGUUAUUUGCGGUUAUCAGUCUAAUUCGGUUAAUCUAAAAGAAAGAAUAAUAAGCAUCUGCUAACUUUGUAAAAUCUGUUGUAACCAGCUUGACUGAGCUACUAAGGCGAGCGUGACCUCGGUGUUACACCAGUCAUUCGUGGAUAUUGUGGCAGCUUUAUUUUGAAGAGACGAGCGAUAGUUGUUAGCACGUGCUACUACGCCUUUCGAAGUAAUCAGGAUGAUCUGAUUUAAUUAGACUCCGUUUCUGAAAUUUUCAUGGAGCGAUAAUCCAAGGAUUUUUUAUAUCGUGUUUAUUUUUAUCUCCCUACGAAACUCUACAUACCAUGCAAGCUAACUUGAGUAUGAAUUUGGAAUUGAAAGUCAAAACUCCUUUUUUUAUCAACUCCGAUCUGACGGCAUUGCACAAUGAUGUAUGGUUGGAUUCUGAAUAGGAUAAUCUUUCUGGAACACUGGAAACUGUAUGACAACCCUAGAAAAUUAACGUAAGAACAAUUUAUAGAUAAUUAAGAGUUGUAUUUAUUUAUCAAAGUAGUUAUUCUGUUAGUGAACGUAUGUUCGAGACGCAGUCAUUCUAAGUUUCUCUGGAAUAAAAUUUUAUAUUACUGAAAUGGAAACGCUUGGAACCGAUCCUAUUUUUGAGCCCCAGGCCGAAUUUCGGGCACGGUCAAAUACAUGGCCUCGACCAGAAAACUUUGGUGACAAAGACAGUGAUGAAAAACCUCCUGUGAAUAUAAACAGUAGUAAUCCUACACAAGAGUCAUCACCAUCUGACGCCAUAUUAGGGUGCCAACUAAUUAAAAAAAGUUCGUCUCGCCGAAAUGCGUGGGGAAAUAUGUCGUACGCAGAUCUCAUCACACACGCUAUACAGAACUCGUCAGAUAAACGAUUAACCCUGUCCCAAAUAUACGACUGGAUGGUGCAGAAUGUGCCGUAUUUCAAGGAUAAAGGAGACAGUAACAGCUCCGCUGGAUGGAAGAACUCCAUUCGUCACAACCUGUCCUUGCACAGCCGCUUUAUGAGAGUGCAGAACGAGGGAACCGGGAAGAGCUCGUGGUGGGUAAUUAACCCGGAUGCCAAGCCUGGGAAGUCCACACGCCGGAGGGCCACCAGUAUGGAGACUCAGAAGUAUGAGAAGAAGCGAGGGCGCGUUAAAAAGAAAGUGGAAGCACUCCGGAACGAGUUGAACAUCAGCUCUGGCAGCCCAACUGCUACGGUUUCUGAAGGACGAGAUACUUUUCCUGAAUCUACAACUCAUCUGGGGUUCCAAUUAAGUCCAGACUUCCGUCCUCGAGCAUCAUCAAACGCCAGCUCAUGCGGAAGGCUUUCCCCUAUCCCCGCCGUGGAGACAGACGUUCAUGAUAGCCAGGUCUCGAGCUUGUCGCCCAUUCCUUGGAGUUCUGACCUAGACAUUUUCGCGGCGCAAUCUAGCAACCUGGAUAGGUACGAAGCCGAUCAGCUUGGAAACUCUUUAGCCGCGACAGUGAAACUGGUAGAGGAAGAUAUGAGCUACCUGUCAUCCAAUCGUUUGCUGCGUUUGUCUUCCGCUUUGGACCCUAGCACUACCAAUAACAAUUACAACCUAGGUAGCUACAGGUACAGCGAGAAUUACAAGGCUCUUCAUUCUCCAGUAAGUAAUGACCAGCACCUGCCUCAGCUGCAAACUACACAGCAAAGUACGGUAAAAACAGAAAUGGAAACUUUUCAAGCUCUCCCCCCAAUUAAUUCCAACCAGCGUCAGUUCUCACAAGUUAAUUUCUGCCAGACUCUGUCUGAAGAUAAUCUGUCGCCGAUCUCUUUACGUUCGAAGCCUCAAGACAACCCUUUUCAAAAUGACAGCUCUGGUGCUCCAAUAAAUGACCAGCUAAUGCCCAUGCCUUCAAGCAACCCUCUUCCAAACGACCUGGACUUAAACAUGGAUACACUUGAAGGUGAUCUUGAAUGUGAUGUUGACCAACUUAUUCGCCAUGAAUUGAAUGUUGAUGGAAACCUUGACUUCAACUUUGAACCAGUCAGUAUGGUCAACACUAGCUCUAGCCCCAUGUUGCCAUAUCCCAAAUCUAUUACGACCAUAAAUCGCCCAUGGGUACAUUGAGACAUGUAGUUACAUUAAAGGAAUUCAGAAACAGAUGCUGUGCCACACAGAUACUUAAAUUUUAUAUUUCUUACAAAUCUGUAACUUAUUAACAGAACAAUUCAUUUAAGUAUAAUGUACACCACCAGGUGGCGUAGAUAAUCCAUGUAUUCUAACUGUCGGACAGGGGAUAGUUUCACUGAUUGAAUUCAGAUAUUUUGCGUAACAUGUUAUUAGUUUUGAAUCACGUGCUCUAUUCCUGUAUUAGCUUUUCUGUCCACGAAUAUGUGAAUAAGUUGUACACACGUCUUAAAAGUGACAAUGAUUUCCAACGAGUUUCCAUGCUUCUUUUUGAUAUUUUGUUUUUAAGACUUUUUUUAAAGACUACGAGUUUAUUACUGUAUGUGCUAUUGUCCAGACCAUAUUAUUUUGUGGGUGUGAAUGUCAGAAAAUAAACAUGCAAACCAUCGG